UGAAGAGCGAAGAUCUUUUCACUUGCACACCAUUAAAGACAAAGUUUUGCAGUUUUUACGAUUUGUCAUCGUAAGAUAUUGUAAAUCAUGGGCGACUGGGGAUUCCUCUCCAAACUUUUAGACAAAGUGCAGUCUCACUCGACCAGCAUUGGAAAGGUUUGGCUGACGGUUCUGCUGAUCUUCAGAAUAAUGGUUCUAGGUGCCGGACUGGAUAAAGUCUGGGGAGACGAACAGUCCAGAAUGGUCUGCAACAUCAACACUCCUGGUUGCCUGAACGCCUGUUAUGACCACAUCUUCCCUAUAUCUCACAUGAGAUUCUGGGUGCUCCAAAUCAUCUUCGUGGCCACUCCAAAUCUGGUCUACCUCUUUUAUGUUCUGCACGUCAUCCAUAGGGAAAACAAACUGAGGCAGCAUUUAGAAAACCAGGCGGAGAAGCACGGCGUCAAGCUACCAAAAUACACCGACGGCAAUGGGAAGGUUUAUUAUAAAGGGAACCUUCUUGGUUGUUAUAUGUUUAGCCUCAUUGUGACUAUUUUGUUGGAGGCUGGCUUUCUUGUAGGCCAGUAUUUUUUAAUUGGCCUUUUGAUGCCCAUGCAGCUUGACUGUAAUGUAGAGCCAUGUCCUAGUGUUGGUCUGCAUUGUUUUACAUCUCGUCCAACUGAAAAGAGCAUCUUCAUUGUGUUCAUGCUCAUUGUGGCUUGCGUGUCUUUAGCUUUGAAUAUUGGAGAGAUUUUUUAUCUGAUUGGUCGCAGGAAUGUGUAUAAAGCAAGGACUCGCUUGAAUGCUGUGGAUGAGAUGCACAAACUGAGCCCCACUGAAACGUUUUGCUGAAUUAAAUGCAGUGUAAUAUUG